AUGUCUCGUGCCGCUAAGUUCACAUUAGGUGCCUCUAUCGUUACUACUGUGAGCAUUGUAACUGGUGUGCAUUAUCUUCAAAUUCGUGAGCGUCAAACUAUGUACAAGGGCGUAGAGCGCGACGAACAAAGGCAACGUGAAAAGGCGCAACGCAUGGCCGAUUUACGACGAAACCAGGAGCGUGAAAAAGAAUUACGAAGUAUCCAGCCUAUGCAUACAUCACCAGAUUCGGAACCGAAACGACUAGCUUGA